UUAUUUUGAAAGCUUCCUAUCUAGCUAUUGUAGCUGUAUGCCAACAAGUCGUCAGUGCGAAUAGAAAUUUGGAUUAAUAACUUGAGUACUCGUACGUUUAAUAAAACGUAUACUAUGAGAAGGAUGAAGCAGUCGAAGGUGAGCGUUAUCCUGGUAAGCUUGUUUAUCCUCAUCUUAUUCUAUGACAAAAGUGCGGAUGCCACUGAGGACAUGAGGUACUAUGAAUCGAUUUCCGACCACCGCUUAUUGAGUCAUGCGAUGAAAGAAGUAAAGACCGCUGACCUCAAUACGUGCACUAACGAAUGCAGUCAGACCCCAGGAUGUAAAAGUUCAAACUAUAAAAUCACUGAUAGAGUUUGUGAGAUGAAUACAGCUGAACACGUGACAAAGCCUUUGUACUUGAUGAAAGAAGAAGGAUAUAUCUACUUCAGAAAUCCUAACCCAAAGGCUAAAGCUCGUAACAUUGAAGAAAUAGAAAACAGCAAGCCUUACUACAAGAACUGUGCCAAGGUGAAGGAGGAUCAGCCUACCGCAGCAAGUGGUUUAUACGAGAUUUUGGUCAAUGGAUCAAUAAAACAGAUUUAUUGCGACAUGGAAAAUUUUGAAGGAGGAUGGUCCCUUGCUGUUUCCAUUAGUGGAUCAGAUACCAACCAUUUGAUAAGAAACGAAAACAACUGCUUUAACAGCUCAUACUGUGUACCGCUGGCCACAGGAACUCUUGUUGCACGAAAGAUGAAAGAUACCGAUAUCCAUGCGUUGGCUUCACAUGAAGGAACGUUCCGUUUUGAUGUAACGAGCACUACGGCCACGAUCUACACAUUGUUUUACCGGCUGAGUCAAGGACCACAGAUGUUUGAUGCUGGUUGCGACGGUAUAAGUUGUGCAAGGCAAAUCAUCUCACAUGUCUACCCGUAUGUUUGGGAAUUCAACUGCAGGGGAAUCGAUUUUGGAUAUCAUGUUGCCGGUUCUUGCUACAAAGUGUUUGAUGGACACGACAAUAGCGAGUGUGGCAGUCCAUGGGAAUCAUCUCAAUAUCACGCCAACCAAAGAGUUCUAUAUGGCUUAUGCUCAACCACAGGAAUUUUCUCCGGACUGCAAGGGAACAUGUAUGUACGUUAAUUGGUCUCCAUCGAACGUUGGCUAGAUAUUUGCGUUUGGUUUAAAUCGUCUUUUCCUGUUCUUGCCACUUUAAUUAAUGYAUGAUAUUUGAAAUGAUAAUUUCGCGAUUGCAAUGAAUUAAUCGAUCGUCAUUCGAUUCCCAAAACAUCCAUUUCUCAAAAAAAAACUAAUUCAUUAAUUGCAUAAUCAAUACAAAAUAAAUACGUCGCUGUAGUUGGGCUUCUGUUUACAAGCAGGAAGGGUAGCCACAGCUCGGCUAGCUUUACAAGGAAAAAUAAUAUUCGAAGGGCAACCCCUUAUUGGUACGGUCAAGUUAUACGGAAAGGCUUGUUGGCAGCAAACAGCAUGGUAAAAAAACUCACAAGAUAGUUGGCGGCAAUUUUGACUUUAAGGUGACUGCCUACUUUUGGAAAUUGAUUUAAGCUUUUUUUAAAACUUCGAUUUUCCGAAUUGAAAUCUAAUGCUGAUUCCAAAUC